AUGGAUUAUUCCACUUUGUUAUCGAUAGUUUCCAACAAGUCUCCAGCACUUCGUACAGGGAUAAUUGAAACUGCCAUGGUCAGAAAAGCGGCCGUCAAGUACCGUUCUCUAAGGUCAAAUCUAGUCAAUCUUCCCCUAUCCCUCUAUGCCCAGCUCGUACAACAGCAAGCAAGACCCCAGUCCCUCAUCCUCCACUUAUCACCCUUAUUAUCUCCAUCAUUCCCCUCCUCCUCAAGACAGCCGAAAACAGCGUACUUGGGAUGGUCAGGGCUGAAUGCAGCGGCUAAUGUCUCCCAGGUUGGCGAUGGAGUUGAAAGUGUCGAGGUAGAUCCCGAAGUCGCCAUGUCUUUAGGAUGGAGCGAAGGCAUUUUGGUUGAGAUCGCCGUGAUACAUAAUCCCACUGUUGCCAAGUCAGUAUCUGUGACACCGAUGAGUCCUGAUGACUGGGAGAUCCUGGAACAACAUGCAUCUUUCUUGGAGAAUAAUCUCUUAUCCCAACUUCGAGCAGCGCAAAAGGGACAAGAGAUUGACGUAUGGGUGAUGGGUCGAACCAAAAUCAGAAUACGAGUUGAUGAGACCAAUCCCUCAAGCAACUCCCAGUCUGCGGUUAUCAUUAAGCCCGACACUGAAAUCUACGUCGCCCCUCGACCUCGCUUGUCCAAAUCCGCUUCGUCCAUCCCAUCUUCCCAAUACUUCCCUCAAAUAGUCAAGACCGGCCUUCCCAACGGGAGAAAUAAGUUCAGCCAGGUCAAAUUACGUCAAGUCCCCCCCAAAGUCGCAUCCGCAUGGGGCGUUUUUGUACCCCCAUCCAAUGCCCUUUUGAGAACAAAAGAUGAGAGAAUAGCUGUGUGCUCUCCGACAAUCCUUGAGAAAAUCAAGAGAAGACUCGGAAUCAGUGAUGGGGAGAUGUUCUUUGUCAAAAUUGCUCUCGAUCAGCCCCUAGAGGAAGAAUCCCCCCCACCAGGUCCCGUUGCCAUUGCGCAAGAAAAAGAACCCAUGGACGAAGCAGAGAUGCUUCUUGUCUCUUGGGAAGAAAUGCCGAAUGGAUGUAUAUCAGUUGCUGGAAAAGCGGAAGAUUGGAUGAACGUAUGGGCGAGGAUCAAAGUUUUGGAAAGCACGGGGAAGAGGGAGAAGACAAAAUCUGGAAAGGGAAGACCCAUCCCUGAUUUAUCAUUUUCUGCCGAUCCGAAGCAGACCUCAUCACCUCUCCCAGGACUCGACAAGAUCUGCCAAGAAGCCAUCGAUUAUCUUCGGCUUUCAGCGUUUUUUCAGAGAUCGAAACCCUUGCUGCUAUUGGGUACGAAAGGUUCUGGGAAGACUAGUCUAGCAAAAAUAGUCGGCAAUGCUUUGGAGGAAAAUAGAUUCGUUCUGGCUGAGACGAUUUAUGUGGAUGUGGGGAAACUAGACCCAGAAUCUAGGAUCGCAACCAUAAAGCAAAACAUGGAUAAAUGGAUCGACGACGCAAAAGCGAAAGCGCCUUGCUGUUUGAUCCUUGAUGAUUUGGAUAAUCUCUUAUCGCCCGAGACUGAGUUGAAAACGUCAACAAACCCUUCCAUCCUCGCUGAAUAUUUCACUUCCCUCAUGUCAUCCCACCUCUCCCUCCCGCCUGGCAUCCUCAUGAUCGCCACAGCACAAGACGCCUCCACGCUCCAUCCUUUACUUAACACCCGGCACGUAUUCGGCGAAAUACUCAAGAUCCCUCCACUUUCUAAGGAAGUCAGGCAGGAUAUUCUGAGGGAGUUCGUUGCCGCCAAGGGGGAAAUGAAAAUGAGGAGAGAUGAGAGGGGAGAGGACACUGGGGAUGGACUGGAUUAUGUGUUGUUGGGAAGUAUGACGGAAGGAUACUCUAUCUCUGAUUUGAGUGAUCUAGUACAAGGUGCGACGCAACAGGCUAUUAUACGGUGUACCAAGAGUAGAGAAACAGACAUCCGUUUGACAUUUGACGAUUUUGUCAUUGCCCAUGAAGAGUUUACACCUCUCAGCCUUCGAGGAGUUAAUCUUCAGACUUCAGAUGUGAAGUGGAGCGAUAUCGGAGGCUUGAAAGAACCUCGACGAAUUCUCCGGGAAACACUCGAAUGGCCCACCAAGUACGCUCAGAUCUUUGUCAAUUGUCCUUUACGUCUUCGAUCGGGUCUCCUUCUAUACGGUUACCCUGGAUGUGGCAAGACUCUUCUCGCUUCUGCUGUCGCUAAAGAGUGUGGACUCAACUUCAUUUCUGUCAAAGGUCCCGAGAUCCUCAACAAGUAUAUCGGCGCAAGUGAAAAGGGCGUGAGAGAUUUGUUUGAGAGGGCAAGUGGUGCGAAGCCUUGUGUUUUGUUUUUCGACGAAUUUGACUCUAUCGCUCCCAAACGAGGACAUGAUAGUACAGGCGUUACGGACCGAGUAGUCAAUCAACUCCUCACAGAGAUGGACGGCGCUCAAGGUCUAUCGGGAGUCUACGUCCUAGCAGCUACAAGCCGUCCAGACCUUAUCGACCCGGCGCUCCUCCGUCCAGGCCGGCUAGAUAAAUCCAUCAUCUGCGAUAUGCCCUCGAACUCUGAUAGAUUGGAAAUCCUGAAGGCAGUGGCGAAGAAGGGGAAACUGGAGUUGGGAGAGGAUGUGGAUCUGGAAGCGGUGGCGAGGGAGAGUGAAGGAUUCUCGGGGGCCGAUUUACAGGCGCUGAUGUAUAAUGCGCAUUUGGAAGUAGUACAUGCUGCUUUCGAGGAUGAAGAAAGGAGGGAAGAAGAGGAAGAGGGAGGACAGAAGGUGGCUGUUAAUGGAAUAGGAGGAAGAGAGGGGUAUAGACUGAUUUCCCAGACUAAUGGGGGAGAUCUUUCGGCGGCAGCUCGUGCGGAGCUGGGUCAGAGAAUUGAUACAAUCGUCAGUAACAGCCAAUCGCGCUUCAUGUCGGUCGAGAAAGGGGAAAGAACCGCAAAGGAUUUUGUCAAGCCCAUUAUACAGCAACGACAUUUGAUGAACGCUCUGCUUGAAAUUCGACCAUCUGUAUCGCAAGCUGAUCGUCGAAGACUUGACCUCAUCUAUCGAUCAUUUGUCAACGACAGAGAUGGCAAGAUGGGUAAUGGAGAUUUGGGUAGAGAGACGGGUACGAGGGUGUCCCUUAUGUGAUUCGUGAUUGAAAUUGCAAAGAAUGCAUCGCAUGGCC